UCUGUUGCCAAAAAAAGGGAUAUGUCAAAAAAAUCAUUCAUUUUUUGUGAGAGAUUUUCAUUAGAUUCGUUUCAAAACUCGCAGUGCAUUCAAUUCAAAAAUUAAUAAAGAUCAAAUUCUGAUAAUUUUAAAUAACACAUAAAUGAUGUCAAAAGAUGCUGAAAACGUAAAGGAAUUCUACACAAACGAUGUUGUAUACCGUUUUGAUAAAAAAAAAAAAAUUGUUUUUGGAGUAGUAGCGGAUAGUUAUAAUUAUGAAGCAUCUUCAGAUAUAUCUGAUAGUCCAUUAGAAAAAGGCCAAAUACGAGUAUUGUGGCACAACGCUCCCCAUGAACAAGUUUGGAGGCAGAAUAAAGUGAAACUUGUAUCUAGGAAUAUUCUUCCUGGUGAAGUUGUAAGAAGACUUGUACAUGAGAAAGAGACACAAAGAGGCUAUUGUAAAAGUACUAAGAAAACGUUCACUGUACAAAUCGUAGGCACAGAUAAAAUAAUUGAACAUGUCUCAUGCAACAGACUUCAGAAUAUUAGGCCCUUUGAAGUGGACGAUGCAGUAUGUCUGAAAUCCAAGUUCGGUCGAGUUGAGGGAGUUGAUCAAGAGAUAACAAUGAUUUCAAAAUGUGGCUCUAUUGUACAAAUUCUUACCAGUAUAAACAACGAUCUUGAAGAUUUUUGGCUUGUUAAGAAGAAUAGAGGGUCAUUUGAAGUCUGCCACCCUGGACAAGAAUUGGUAGUUGUACCCAGUAACUUGGAACAACCCCUCUGGAUUAAGAAGUCAAAAGCAAUGAAGAGAAAUAUGCAAAGUCGUCAAAGAUUUACUGUUCAAACUGUGAAAGACUGCAUUGUGGAGGUUUCAUGGUUUAGUGGGUGCGAUGGGGAAAAUACUAUGUCUGAGCUUAAAGAUGAAGAACUGAAAGACUUAAAAGUUCUGGAACAUGGUUAUGAUCAUUUUGACUCUCGGAAGCUUUUAAAAAUCAGCUCUUCUGAUGUAUUGAUGAAGAAAAAAAAUUGGAUACAAAAACAAACUACUCUUUAUAAACAUGAAAUUCCUAAGGUUAAACUAAAUUCUGACAACAAAAGUGCCACUGGCGUUUCGAAAAUGCAUACUUGUAUACAUCAGAACUCAGUAACUUCAGAUAACAGUGAUUUAGAGGAAGAAUGGUGCACCGAUGAGGAUGAAGAAUCUGAACCUGCAAGUGCAUUAUCCUCAAAGACAUUAUUGAAUGAAAAGUUGAAAAAGAAGCAUUAUCCUCCUAGACCAGAAGAAUUAUUACCAGGAAACACUGUAGCUGUUGAGGUAAUAACAAUGGAUGCAAAGGCAACUGUAGUAUGGCAAGAUGGUACUGAAGAAGCAAACAUUCCAUCGACUCAACUCUACUAUUCUUUAUCCUUAGAUGAUCAUGAAUUUGUCCCUGGAGAAUGGGUAACUUAUAAUGAAAAAGAAGCAUUCCCUAAAAACAAAUAUGGUGUGGUUCAAUAUGCAAAUUAUGCCGAAAGAAUUGCAAUGGUUAAAUGGUUUGAAUAUAAUGAAAUUGAUAAAACACCAACGGAACUUCCAUCUAGUGAAAUGAGUGUAUAUGAUUUAAAGAAACACAGCAAGUUUCUGUUUAGACCAGGCAUGGUUGUUCGAGCAAAGCCCAUUCAGGAAUAUAAAAUGGGCAAAGUUAUUGAUAGUAGUCCUAAAGGUUAUAUAAUUGUGAAAUGGAUUGAUGGUACAGAAGAAAACUGCGGUCCUCAUGAUAUUGUGAUCAUUCCUGAAACGUCCGAAUACGAGCUGUCAGACGAAGAAGAUACAGAUAGUAAGGGACAGUUGUCUUGGGAGACUGAAAGUAUAGAAUCAUUCACUGGGGGGGACAUAACUGAUGAAACCACACUGCAAAAUAUGGCGGCUAGAUUAGAUUUCAUAAGAAAUAGAAUCAAAUAUUUCAAAGAGGCAUUCAAGAAACACAUUAUACAAGAAAAUUUGAUGUAUCUCAAAGACCUCCUAAUAGUAUAUGAUAACUCCAGCUACUUAGAUAAACUGUUAGGAACAUCUUUUUUCAGCUUAAAAAGCAAACAUUUCCAGGUCCUUUUAACUCAUGCUAAGGAGAAGGCAAAACUUGCUGGUGUUGAAUUCAGAGGAAGACUCUUUGUUAAUGAUAACUUGUAUCCAUCAAUGACAAAAAUCAAAGCGCAGGAAAAAGAAAACAUCCAAAAAGUUUUAAAACUCGAGAUUAAAGUUAACACUCAAAUGGAAGAGAAAAAAUUAGCAACUGACGGCAAUCCAGAACCAGAUGAAUCUCAAAUUGCCCACAACAAUCUAUGUAUAGAACUUCUCUCCAUGCUUAAACUGAGAAUGGACCUGGCUUAUGCUGAAAUCAUUAGUAAAAUCGGGGGAGAACAAGCUUUGACAAUAAUUACCCAAGCCUCCGAGGAUAAAGUUGAGCCCAUUACUAGAACACCAUUGCCCAGUAUGCCAGUGACACCGGAAGAUUCCUCUUCGUCCUUGAGUCCACCUAAGUUGAUGUCGUCCACCACGCAUUUCAAUAAUGAAGCAUACUAUGCCUUGGAGGAUGCACCUGUUACUCAUCAUUUCUACAGCAGUAAAUUGGAGCGAAAUGAUCAACAAAGAUUCCUGAAAGCGGUUCAGAAAGAGUAUUUCCUCUUAUCAGAAUCACUGCCACCUGGUGUUUGGGUGAGGUCGUUUGGUAACCGUAUAGAUCUUCUGUCUGUUAUGAUUGAAGGUCCCACUAAGACACCUUACGAAGAUGGCCUAUUCAUGUUCGAUAUGCAGUUCAGUCAGGAUUAUCCUAGGUCACCUCCUUUGGUACAUUAUGUCAGUUACUCGUCGGAACGUUUGAAUCCCAAUUUAUAUGUCGAAGGAAAAGUAUGUGUCUCUCUACUUGGUACUUGGAUGGGAAAGGGGACAGAAGUUUGGGGACCUAGUAGCACCUUGUUGCAGCUCAUUGUUUCAAUCCAAGGUCUUAUAUUAGUACCUGAACCAUACUAUAACGAGGCAGGCUAUGAAAAACAGGUAUCUACUCAGCAAGGUUAUGAAAAUUCCAGGACUUACAAUGAAUUGGUGAUAUUAAAAUUAGUACAAUCUAUGACAGAAAUGUUACUCUCCCCACCUGAAGUCUUCAAACAGAUAGUUUAUAGUCAUUUUGCUCUUAAAGGCAAUCAAUUAUGUCAGAGGUUACAAAAAUACUGCAUUGAUGAUGGUCCUCCAUUUCCUGAAUUUCCUUUAUUACCUGUUAGUAAAGGUUUAAAGUUGUCGUUAACUAGUGCCCUAGAUUCUUUCCAAGAAACUUUAAAGAAGGUAGUAAGCAAUAAUAUUGGAAAAUUCACAUCCCUAUGUUAAUAGUGAUAGUGAAGUAAUUUCGAGAAUGUCAAUACCUCAUUCAUUGUAUUGGUUAAUAUCUGUAUAUUUGUUUUGAUCUGUAUUGUUGAUUUUUGUUUCAUAUUUGAAAAAUCAAAUGUCUAUGUGAUAUUUAUACUAAUUUAUUUAUUGUAUUGCAAAAUUUAUUUAUUAUAUUACCAAACUUAGGAAAAAUCCAGCCUAUCAAACUGUGAUGUUUUAUCCCUCAACAAAUGUUUGAAAAAGUUAAGCUUUUUUGCAAAUUUUGGCAAUUCUUAUCUAUUAUACUUAAAUUUUCAUUUGUUAUUCAUAAAUUAUGGAAGUGGCUUACAAUUUAUUAUAAUUUUUUGUACAAAAAUAUAAAACACUCAAUUGGA